AUGGCAUUUGGUCUACGUUGUGUUUUUCUCCUUUGUGGACUUAGUGGGCUGCUGACUGGAGUCUGGUCAAAGCCUGCCGUUCACCCAGUAGAAAAUAGCUGUCCUAAAGGUUGGACUCAGUUGGACUGCCACUGUUACAUCUAUGAAGAUGAUAUAAGAACAUUUGCAGAUGCAGAAAGCGUCUGCAACAUUCUUGGUGGGAAUAUGGUCUCCAUUCACAGUGACCUGGAAAAUGCGCUUGUCGUGGAAAUGCUUAGAGCGAAUGAUAAUGAUGAUGAGGCCUGGAUUGGACUGAGUGAUGCAAUUGAGGAUGAUACAUUCCUUUGGACUGAUGGCUCAGAUAAUGAAUACACCAACUUUGACACAGACCAAUCAGAGCCUGAUAACACUGGUCCCUGUGUACAAAUUCAAGAAAAUGAUGGCACAUGGGAGGAUGUUGAGUGCAGCACGGAGCUCCCAUAUAUUUGCAUUAGAGAUAUCAAACACUAA